UCUCCAAAUAGCCACGUCAUUCUGGGCGACAGAAGCUGAAGCUACGCUGUUGUGUCACAUUGUACGGUACACGAGACGGUUAGCGAUUGCUGACCGAGUGAUGCAGGAGACUGAAUUCAUUUUGAAAGAAAACCAUUAACGACAUACGGAGGUUUUCGGCACGACAUUUUACGAAUGCGCGAUUUUUCAUCACCCCACUCAGAGCACUUGAGAAAGUUGAAUCAGAGAUAAAAAGCUUCUAUUUAAUGUAACGUUUAGAUGGAUAUAAAAGAGGAGACAUGUGAGGCUGACAUACAUACUAUGGAGGAAAGGAUCGUAAAUGUUAAAGAGGAAGACUGUGAAUGGGAGUAUUUCCACCCUAAAUAUGAGAGUCUGCUCAUUAAGGAAGAGGACUGUGAACUGAGGCCAGUGGGCUUUAAAGAAGAGGAUGGAGAAAUGUCUGUCAGCAGUGUCAAGGAAGACAGCCUUCAUUAUGGACAUCACGGUGAUGCAGUGACCACGUUAGCUUCUUGUCAGAGGAGACACUCUUCAUCUCUGGAGUCUUCUAUCAAUAUGAAGUCUGAAUUUUUACAGUCUGACACAAAGGAGAAGGAAGACAAUUCAUCUCUUACAACUCAGAAAGAUCAGCUGCUGCUUUCAGAGAAGUCUAGGAAAACUGGGUCAGUGAGCAGGGGGUCAUAUGCGACAACUUCAGAGGAUUCCAAAGGAGGACAGUGGACUGAAAGAAGUAAAAUGGAAGGAGACAAACCUCACUGUUGUUCUGAAUGUGGCAAACAAUUAUCAAGCCGGAGUUCCCUUUCAAGGCACAGAAGAAUUCACACAGGAGUGAAACCUUUUUCUUGUUGUGAAUGUGGCAAACAAUUCUCAACCAAAAGUGACCUUUCGAGGCACAAAAGAAUUCAUAUGGGAGAGAUGUCUUAUUGCUGUCCCGAAUGUGGCAAACAAUUAAAUAAUAAGGUUGCAAUUUCAAGGCAUAAAAUAAUUCACACAAGAGAGAAGUCGUAUGGAUGUCCUGAAUGUGGCAAACAAUUAAAAAACAAGAUUCUCCUUUCAAGGCACAAAAGAAUUCACACAAAAGAGAAGCCUUAUUGUUGCAAUGAAUGUGGCAAGCAGUUUUUGCAAAAGAAGAAUCUUCAAAGACACCAAACCGUUCACACAGGAGAAAAGCCUUAUUGCUGUUCUGAAUGUGGCAAGUGGUUUUCGCAAAAGAACAAUCUUCAGAGCCACCAAAGAAUUCACACAGGAGAAAAGCCUUAUUGCUGUUCUGAUUGUGGCAAGCAGUUUUCAAAAAAGAUCAAUCUUCAGAUCCACCAAAGAAUUCACACAGGAGAAAAACCUUAUUGCUGUUCUGAAUGUGGAAAGCAGUUUUCGCAAAAGAUGAAUCUUCAGAGCCAUGUAAGAAUUCACACAGGUGAAAAGCCUUAUUGUUGUUCUGAAUGUGGCAAGCGAUUUUCGAAUGCGAGCAAUUUUAAGAAGCACCAAAGAAUUCACACAGGAGAGAAACCUCACUGCUGUUCUGAAUGUGGCAAACAAUUAUCAAGCAAGAGUGCUUUCUCAAAACACAAAAGAAUUCACACGGGAGAGAAACCUUAUUGCUGUUCUGAAUGUGGCAAGCAGUUUUCGCAAAAAAUCUUUCUUCAGAGACACCGAACAAUUCACACUGGAGAAAAGCCUUAUAGCUGUUCAGAAUGUGGCAAGCAGUUUUCACAAAAGACCAGUCUGCGGAGCCACCAAAGAAUUCACACAGGAGAGAAGCCUUAUUGCUGUUCUGAAUGUGGCAAACAGUUUUCGCAGAAGAGCAAUCUGAAGAAGCACCAAAGAAUUCACACACGAGAGAAACAGCAGCUUGUGAAUUAGGUGUUUUAGGGCAUCAAUGGAAAUAAAUUGUGUGACUGAAAAGUUGAUUCUUCUGCCAAAUGGAGCUAGAAACAGUCACACACCUUCUUGCGGGGUUUGAGGUACUCAUGACUGAAGGAUAAUAUACUGAAAGAUGCAACAGUAGAGCCAGGCUAAUUCACUGGAAACUGUAAGAAAGAAAGCUUACCUGGCCAAGAAAGACAUUGGGACCAAAAUCCAGACAAAAUAAUAGAAAAUAAGGAGUUGUUAGUCACAGUUUGGGGGACAACAAUAGCUACUCAUAGACAAACGGAAGCCAGAAAACUACUUACAUUUGGCCAGGAGAAAUAGACUUACAAAGCCUAGAUAAUUGAAGUGUCAGUUUUUAGUGAUUGUCCGGUUCUAAGAAUGGAGAGGCAUUGCAAUAAAAUAUACUAAGAAAUGCAAUCUGAGAUCUGGCAAAUGUAGUGAAACAGGUGAAAUGAGAGAAUUGCAUAUUAAUAUGCAAAAACCUACCAUGGCAAACGCCAAACUCAAAAUGCUAAAACCUAGGAUACAAAUAUACACCAAGAGAACAUACAGAACAUACAGCUACAAGAAAAUAUGAAAAAAUUCUAAAGAAUGUAAAGUUGGGGGCACCCUGAAAGUAAACCCACCACCUGACAAACAAAGACACACACGGUUUGGAGAAAAAUAUAUGAAGAUGCUCUAAAACAAUAAACGUAACUUGGAAAAGCAAACCACAGACAGGAACAGAAAACGCACAAGAUGAAAGAAAUGGAAUGAAGUGAGGUAACAGCCUUUGAACUAGAAAUCAAACUCGUGUCAAACUGCUGCAUGUGGGAAGACACCUGGUCCAGACGCUCUACCCCACUUUAGGGUAAGGCAUCUAACAUCUGUUUCAGGAUAUGUCUACAAAAAAUCUCCCCAUGGCCUGCUUCUCCACUGUAUGGUUUGCACUCCAGUAGUUGCGUUCAUCUACCCAAGAUCUUGGGUGAGAACAGGUGAUGAGAAUUUUACUCUCACUCUUCUCAAUAGAUUUCUCUCCAAACUCUUAUGAUUUUUUCUCGCAUGAUGUUGAGAAGAUCAAUGACAAGGGAGGUUCUGUCAUCGAUCAAAUAAAUUAAUGUGACAAUUCUGUUGUGGUGCUUGUGUAGCCGGUUCUAGCCCUGCUACUAUAUAUUUUGGUGGACUAUCAUUUUUUCAGUUAGUCAAUAUAAAGAUGUGAGUGAAUACAAAAGAGCUUUGAUCCCAAUAGAAUACGGUCAACCGAAACAAUAGUUUUUCUUUGUCAUGUUUUUGUCUUAUUUGCUUUUAUCUGAAUAUACAGAAUAAGCGAUUGGGACCAUUCAUCUAACUUUGCUGCAAUUAGCUACAUAUGAGUAGGAGUAGAACUUUAUGGACUUUCAAACCUCAGCUUGAUAUUAUUUUAGAAGAAUUAGGUGGACAAGACUGGUGAGCUUUGUUGGGCUGAAUGGUCUGCGCUUGUCAAGUUGUUCUAUUGAAUGAUCAGAAUGGUCUCACUGACAAGCCACAGGACUACUGAUUUUGGCUAAUGCAAUGCUUGGUUUCAGUAAACUACAUGACGCUCUGCCAAGACGUUUUCCAGUAAUUUUCCAAAAGAAUGACAUCAUCCAGGUCCUAUAUAAAGGAAAACAUUUGAGCAAGCUGAACUUGACAUUGUUGUUAAACCUGCCACUUGUAAUUGGAGUUCCAGCAUUCACAAGCAUCUCAACCAGCUUCACAUGAAAAGACUGCACAUUCUGUAUCUUAAGGUAAACCACCUGAUGCAAAGGUUGCUGUAUGGACAUUGAUGGUAAUUUUCAGGUUGUUUGAUUUUAUUUGUUUAAUCCCUUGGUUUUCAUAUGUCUGAUUUCUCUGUUGAAUAAACAUAUACCGGUUUA